AUGGCCGAGAAGAAGAAAUACCUGAACGAAGACGACUUCAAGGCAGCUCUGGACAAAGAAAUGGGGACCGAUCCCUGGCUGGUCGCCUUCGCACCGAUCCGAAUCGUCUCGGCAGGCGGUUUCCUGGCCGUGAGUUACCUGAAGAACCGCGAUGCCACCGGCGACCUCGACUACCUGAUGGAUCCUGAGUUCGCCCGAGACGAAGACGUACAGAAGCCGUUCCAGGACGCGAUUCUCUCCGUGGCGGCGAAGCUACAGUUCGUGGACGACUGGGUGAAUGAGGCCAUGGCCAUAUUUGUGACCAAGCGGACGCGGGAGAUCGUGUUUGAGGGCGCCGCAAAGCAGGGGAUCACGUUGUUCAAGGGGGAGAAUCUGGAGGUUCUUGCUGCACCGCUUGAAUGGGCACUCGAGCGGAAGCUAAGGAGAAUACACGCGGGGGAUAGAGGAAGGAAGGCAGAGCUGGACAUGUCUGAUGCAAUCGCGAUGUUGAAGAAGCUUCGGGAACGGAACAAUGGACCGCUGGAUCUCGAGGUGAUCCGGACGAUGAACUUGAAUGGAUUCGACGUGUUGCCUGAUCAUGGAACGAUGCAGCGGGUCGCUGAGGCGUACUGCCAGCAGUACAACGAGGAUAUUUUCGGAUAG